UUACGCGGGAAAGUAUAAAGAAAUGUUUUUUGUUUAUCAAAAAUAAUUAGUUAUGUCGUAAUCAAUGAAUAAUCUCAAUCUGAAUUGAGCGAAUAAAAUGGAGGAAGAAGAAUUCGAUCUGCAAUAUGCAGAUGAACUUGAUGCCAUGGAUAAUUUUGAUGGGCCUGGACCAGAACCUUCACCACCAAAGCCAAAACGCUCUCUUAAUUUCUGCACACCUGUUCGCAAAAGUAGUCUUUUAGAUGAGUUGAAUGACAGUCUUAUGACUCCAUUAGAUAGUCCUCUUGAUUUGUCUGAUGGCUCUGUGAUAAAGCAAAGGGUGCGAACUGAUUCUGAAACACCAUGCAAAACAGGUAGGAGGGACAAAAGAAUACGCAGCAAUGAAAAUGGAUACACAGAAGAAGACAAUAACCAUACUACUGAAAUGCUAGAUAUAGGUCCACAGAAUAAGCGCCAGAGAGUGAAUGGAUUUUCCAGACUCCCAGAUAUGGAUGCUGAUGACAUAACACCACCAUCUUCACCAACUACAGCUGAUAAAAUUGUGAACUUAAGAAACAGAACACUUCACAGUCACCUAGAUGAUGUACAUGACCAAGUGGACGAUGGAUAUGAUUUUGAAAGAAAAAGGGUCCACACUCGGGUCCCUCAAGGAAAUUUUAUAAGUACUCGAGGAACAGAAGGAAAGGUUGUCUAUCUAAAUGUGAAGGAUGAAAUGGAAUUAUAUUCAGAAUAUGAUAAAGUUGGUAAACAUGCCAAGUCUACUAGAUUACUGCCAGUAUCGGUGGAACAAAUGAAAGAUGAGUUAGAAACUGAAAGACAGAACAGACUUUUAGAAGAAGCCACAAACCUGACACAACAAAUGAGAAGAAAUUUAGAUGGUGGUGAUCUUAGUGAUGAUGAUGUAACAAUAGAAACACAUGAAGAAACAUCUGAAAGUAAAAAGUUAUUGUGGGUGGAAAAGUAUGCUCCAUUUAAAUAUACUGAUUUACUCAGUGAAGAAUCUAUAAAUAGAACAUUAUUACACUGGAUAAAACUGUGGGACUUUGUUGUUUUUGGUAAAGACAUGCCUAUAAAAACUAAAGAAAAGAAGAAACCAGUCAAGGAAGUGAAAAAGAAGAAAAACCAAAUUGAAGUGCUAGAUGAGUUGGAUAAACUUAACAGGCCAAAGCAAACCUUAGUCCUAUUGAAUGGACCUCCAGGGUUAGGUAAAACAACAUUAGCUCACACAGUAGCUAAACAUGCUGGUUAUAAUGUGGUGGAAAUCAAUGCAAGUGAUGACAGAAGUGCAGAGGUGUUUAAGAACAAAAUUGAAGCAGCCACUCAGAUGAAAGCUGUAAUGGGAGCCGAGCCCAGACCUAAUUGUCUGAUUAUUGAUGAAAUUGAUGGUGCUCCACAACCUGCCAUCAAUAUGUUGAUUAAUCUUACCAAGAAAAUUGAAGAACAAGCAACAAAGAAAAAGAAAAAGGAUGGUGGAGUAUUGUUACGACCAAUCAUCUGUAUUUGUAAUGAUCAAUAUGUUCCAGCAUUACGACAACUAAGACAAACUGCAUUGAUAAUGAACUUCCCUCCUACAGAACCAGCCAGGCUUGCUGCUAGAUUGUAUGAGGUCAUUAAACAAGAGCAUAUGAAGUCUGACAUGACAACAUUAUUAGCUUUAUGUGAAAAGACAGAUAAUGAUAUUAGGUCUUGUCUGAAUACCUUACAGUUUAUUCAAAGAAAAUGCAAAGAAUUAACAGUGAAAAUGGUGCAGCAUGUAACAGUUGGACAGAAAGACACAAAUAAAAGUUUGUUUUCUUUAUGGUAUGAAAUAUUUUCAUUGCCAAGAGCUAAAAAAAACAAAUUUAUAACUAUACAAGAUAUAAAGAAUAAUGAAGUUCAAGUAAAUAAUCAAUCAUUACCUGCAAGAUUUAAUAAUAUUUUACAUUCAACAUAUGCUGCUGGAGAAUAUGACAGAGUAAUACAAGGAUUGUUUGAAAACUAUUGUGAAUGUAAAUAUAAAGAUCCUAAAAUGGAUGGAUUAAAUUUUGCUAUGGAUUGGUUAACGUUUGUUGAUUCAGUAAACCAGUAUACCAUGCAUAUACAAGACUAUAGCUUAAUGGGAUAUGUACCGUAUAUAGCUGUGACAUUUCAUCUUAUAUUUGCUGCCAAUCAGCCUCCUCGAAUUCAAUAUCCCCACAGUCAGUAUGAAGCCUUGACCAAACAUAACAAGUUUACCAAUCUGAUAAGCUCCUUGAUGUCAGAUAUGUCACCUUCAGUACGAAAAUAUCUUAAUACAGCCUCAGUGACAAUGGAAGUGUUACCUCCUCUGAUGGACAUUAUACAGCCAAACUUCCGGCCUGUAAACACACAGUUGUACAGUACACGAGAGAAGGAGGAAAUGGCUCAGUUGAUUCGUAUAAUGAUUGCCUACAAUAUGACAUAUCAUCAGGAGAAGACAAUUGAUGGACAGUUCUCUUAUGUAUUAGAUCCCCAUGUAGAUGAAGUUGUACGUUUCACUGGUAUGAAACAACACAAACAGUUGACAUAUGCUGCUAAACAGUUGGUUGCAAGAGAGAUUGAAAUGGAAAAAAUGAGAAGAAAUGACAAAAAUUUUACUACCAGUUCAACACCAGCUAAAAAAGUAGAGAAUAAAAGUAAUGCUGAUGAGAAGAAAGGACCAGUAAUUCCUAAUCAUAAACAGAAACUACAGGCUAUCUCUUUAAACCCAGAUCAAAUGGUGCAAAAGGAUUUCUUCGGUAGGAUUAUAAAACAGAAGACACAAGAUUCACAGAAUUCAACACAGAAAGAAGAAAAGAAGAAAAAUGUGCUCAACACUGAUAUAUGGUUCCACUUUAAAGGAGGGUUUUCCAAUGCAGUCCGAAGGAAUGUUCGAGUUCAAGACCUUAUUUAAACUAUAACUGACCAAUUGAUAUUUAUAAAUGUGUUCAGAUAUUUAUAGGUGUGUCCUGGUGUUCCAUAUAAAUAGUAUACAUUCUAGUCUAAGGAAAAGUACUUUCCUCAGUGACAUUAUAUAUUCUUCAUGUGUGAUCGAAAACAAUUUUCUUGUUUUCAAGACUUGAAUUGACUUUUAUUUUGUAAUUUUAUUGAAAUAUUUACAUCUGUGCUUUGUACUAUAAAGUAAAGUACAUCAAAUAUCAUA